UUGUUAUAUCGAUACGAUAUCAGGCAGUACACAGAAAAUUAUUUUUUUUGCUGCAUAAAAAACGCACAAAACGCGCAUUAAAAACGCAAAUAUAACAAGCGCGCCCAUCCUGCGACUGCCAGACAGGUUGCGAGCGAUAAGAUAUUGCUAGUGAGGAUUGAAAAGUCGACGUUUUAGGGAGCCGCACCAACAGGAACAACAGCAGUAGCAGCAGCAACAGCCCCAGCCCUCGCCCAACAGCAACAACAACAACGCCAACACCACCCUAACCAAAGACAACUACAACAACACUACAACUACACAAAGCAGCAGCAGCAGCGGCAGCGGCAGCAAACGCAACAAAUAUGCAGGCGAUUAAGUGUGUCGUCGUAGGCGACGGUGCCGUGGGUAAGACUUGCCUGCUCAUCAGCUAUACGACAAAUGCCUUCCCCGGCGAAUACAUACCCACCGUAUUCGAUAACUAUUCGGCCAAUGUGAUGGUCGAUGCGAAACCGAUUAACUUGGGAUUAUGGGAUACGGCCGGUCAAGAGGAUUACGAUCGUUUGCGUCCACUGUCGUAUCCACAGACCGAUGUCUUUCUCAUUUGCUUCUCGCUCGUGAAUCCGGCAUCGUUUGAGAACGUGCGCGCCAAAUGGUAUCCCGAGGUGCGUCACCAUUGUCCCAGCACACCGAUCAUUUUGGUGGGCACCAAGCUGGAUUUGCGCGACGAUAAGAAUACGAUUGAGAAGCUGCGCGACAAGAAACUGGCGCCCAUCACAUAUCCCCAGGGUCUGGCCAUGGCCAAGGAGAUUGGCGCUGUGAAGUAUUUGGAGUGCUCGGCGCUGACGCAAAAGGGAUUGAAGACGGUGUUCGAUGAGGCCAUCAGAUCGGUGCUUUGCCCUGUUCUGCAGCCCAAAUCGAAGCGUAAAUGCGCCUUGCUCUAAUUUUAAGAGAAGCACAUACACACACACACCGCCACACACACACACACACACACUGAGAAAGAAAGAUGGAGAAGGAACACCCACGAAGCAUUGUAUUUGUAUUUUGUCGUCAAGUCUAUUUAAUAACGUAACAUUAUUAACUAAUAACAAAUUAUGUAACUUAAGCAGCAAGCAGCCAGCACGCUGAGAAAGUAAGCCAGAGUCAAAGAUAGAGAGAUUGGAGAGUGGAGAGUUGAAAGUUGAAAGUGUGCCCAGGUGCAGGAAGUCCUGUUCCGUUAUUUUUGCUUUGUUAAAACUUGCCCACACACACACACACACACAGACUCUCAUAAACAACACACACACUUGGGAAAACCGAAUUUUCUACUAACUUUACAAGUUCUGUUUCUGUUUCCUGUUAAUUCGUCCUUUGUCGUUUUCUUCACUUGUUUCGUUUCGUGUGUUUUUGUUUACUUCCCUUUAAAAUUUCCUCCUCCUUACUAAUUUCAACCAUGUGCAUUAAUUUGAACUAAAAGUUAAUUAAAAAUUAAUGUUGUAAAACCAAAAACAAAACAAAAAAAAAAAAAAAAACUAUAAAAUGAAAGAACUUUAUAGAAGGAAAAUUGUAUCUAAGGAGCCGAAUAGUCGCAACAGCAUAAAACUGAAAAAGGAAAAUGUGUUUUUUCAAUCGCCUCUUAAUGUAGAUGAUGAGUAUGAUGAUGAUAAAGUCAGUAAACGUUCCAUUGCAAUUACAAUUUAAAGAAAGAAAAACAAAUAUGAUAACUAUACACAUAUUGUAUUUAGAUGUUUGAUUGACAAAAUAAAACUGUUGCUGAGAAUCGAAGGUAGAAGCUGGAAUAUGGCAAAGAUUAGGCAGAAUAUUAUAAAAAGAAAA